CCAAAGUGAAACACGCCUAAAGCUACGGAGUGCACGAGGUAGCGUUAGCUCCUCUUAGAAGGUCGUUUGAAAACAGGUUUAGUGUUUUCAAUAAAUAUUUGAGUGUUUUCAGUGAAAAUGUCUUCAGUUCAGCCUUAGAGAGAGUUUAUCAACGAGCAGGUAACUCCUGCUGAAGAAACAUUCACAGAGUUGAAAGAAAUCAACGUUAAGAUCGAGGAAGAGAUGGAGGAUCAGCGCAGACUGAUGGAUUUUACUCGGAUACCGAAGAUCAUUUUACACCGGAUAGAAACAUCCACAGAGUUGAAAGAAAUCAACGUUAAGAUCGAGGAAGAGAUGGAGGAUCAGCGCAGACUGCUGGAUUUUACUCGGAUACCGAAGAUCAUUUUACACCGGAUAGAUCUCGCACAAUGUUCUGUGUUUGAAGAGGAGGAGGUUCUCAAUGAAACAGAACCACAGAAGAACCAACUCAUCUCUCGUGGCUCUGCAGAAACUGAGAACCAGGAUAAGGAAGGAAGCAAUUCUGAAGACCCAGGAAAAAAGAGAGAUGAGGAACAGAAACAAAUAGAGAGAUAUGUGAAAACCAAAGAGCAGAAAGGAAGAACUGACACUGAAAAACAAAAAAAACACAAGAAAGUUCACAGAGGAAAAAAAUUACAUUCUUGUAAAAUUUGUGAUAAAGGCUUUUCUCAAAACAGUAACAUGAUGAGACACAUGAUAACUCACACAGGAGUAAAACCUUUCACUUGUUCAACCUGUGGGAAAAGUUACAGACAAAAACAUGUUUUAAUUUAUCACAUGAGAAUUCACACAAGUGAAAAACUGGCCAUGUGUGUGAACUGUGGAAAAGGUUUUUAUAACACCAAGAAUUUAAAGAGACACAUGAGAAUUCACACAGGUGAGAAGCCUUUCUCUUGUGGGACCUGUGGAAAAAGUUUCUCUAACAAGCAUAAUUUAAAUGUUCACAUGACAAUUCACACAGGUGAGAAGCCUUUCUCCUGUGGGACUUGUGGAAAAAGUUUCACUCGAAAAUACACUUUAAAUGUUCACAUGACAAUUCACACAGGUGAGAAGCCUUUCUCCUGUGGGUCCUGUGGAAAGAGUUUCACUCGAAAAGACACUUUAAAUGUUCAUAUGAAAAAUCACACAGGUGAGAGGCCUUUCUCUUGUGUGACCUGUGGGAAAAGUUAUAGAACACAAUAUACUUUAAUUUGUCACAUGAGAAUUCACACAGGUGAGAAGCCUUUCUCUUGUGUAACCUGUGGGAAAAGUUACAGAGAAAAAAUUGCUUUAAUUUGUCACAUGAGAAUUCACACAGGUGAGAAGCCUUUCUCUUGUGUAACCUGUGGGAAAAGUUACAGAGAAAAAAUUGCUUUAAUUUGUCACAUGAGAAUUCACACAGGUGAGAAGCCUUUCUCUUGUGUAACCUGUGGGAAAAGUUACAGAGAAAAAAUUGUUUUAAUUCGUCACAUGAGAAUUCACACAGGUGAGAAGCCUUUCUCUUGUGGGACCUGUGGCAAGAGUUAUAGUGAAAGACGGACUUUAACUCAGCACGUGAGAAUUCACACAGGUGAGAAGCCUUUCUCUUGUGGAACCUGUGGAAAGAGUUACAGUAAAAGAUGGACUUUAACUCGGCACGUGAGAAUUCACACAGGUGAGAAACCUUUCUCUUGUGGAACCUGUGGAAAGAGUUACAUUGAAAGAGGGACUUUAACUAAGCACAUGAGAAUUCACACAGGUGAAAGGCCUUUCUCUUGUGGGACUUGUGGAGAAAGUUUCAGGAUGAAAAGACAAUUAUUUAAACACAUAAAGAUUCAUAUGGGUACGAAACAGUGAUGCGCGGUGAGGUUCAUAGCUGGUGAGGCACUGCCUUACGAUGUUUAAAAAUAGACACCAUGCAUGUUGCAAAAAUCUUGCACAUGCAUACAACGCUGUAGAGCAAAAAGACAAUUCUUUUACCUGUCAUCCAUAGCUGCGUUAACCAGAUGAAACUUAGAAAUGUAGUAUUAUGGGUUGUUAUGUUGCUGUAUGGUGUUUUAAGAUCUUGUUCAAUGUGUCCCUUUUUACUUUGAGCCCCUGUCCCUCCAAAGGUCUCUGCACGACCCUGUUCAUAUGUAAGGUGUUUAUAUGCAGUCAGCAUCUAUGCACCACAAAUUUGGAACAAACUUCCAGAAAACUGUAAAACAGCUGAAACACUGACUUCCUUUAAAUCUCGACUAAAAACCCACCUGUUUAGAGUUGUAUUUGAAAUGUAACCAAUUGCAAAUUUAUUGAUGGAAAUUGACUUAAUGUUGUGUUUUGAUUGUUGAUUCUAUGUUGCAUGACUUUGUGCUUUUGUGUUUAUGAUGUAAAGAACUUUGAAAUGCCUUACUGCUGAAAUGUGCUAUACAAAUAAAAUUUGAUCGAUCAGAUGUAUUAUUUUUACACCCUAGCUUGGUUGUCCCCAGAGUGCUAAAGUUGUUAGCAGGGAUGCAUCUGAGGACUCUUGAGGACUGGACUUAAGCAGCCCUGCUCUACAUUAUCAAAAAUAUAUAUUUUUUUGUUCCUUUGGGAGGCUUCACAGUGUUUUCUUCUGUUAUUUUAUAUUUCUAACAUUUUCUUUGUAUGUUUUUAAAUGAGUGAUUAACAACAUCUCUUUGCCCCUUUUCAUGUAUGAUGAUACAAGCAAGAUACUCACUUUAAUUGUCUUUGUGUCUUUAAUUAAAGUUAUCAGUUUUCUUACAUCUUGUCUCUUCAGUGACCUUUCAUGUUUUCACUUCUUUCUAUUGAAACUAGAAAUCUUUGUGUUCUUCUAAAAUAUAUGUAUUCAUUCAGUGUUUAACUUUAAAACUGAAUCACAGCCUACAAAACUACAACCUGAUAUAACAUUAGACUGUUUUACAAACUAAAAAGAUCAUACUCAAAAAAUGUCAUUAGAUGUUCCAAAAUGGUUCUUUUGUAAGAUUAAAUACCUUUUGAUAACUGACUCCAAGCUCACAUUUCUU